AUGGCUGAACAAUUGAUCCUUAAGGGUACCCUCGAAGGCCACAAUGGCUGGGUCACCAGCUUGGCUACCUCCAUGGAGAACCCCAACAUGCUUCUCUCUGCCUCCCGAGACAAGACUUUGAUCAUCUGGAACUUGACCCGCGACGAGACCCAGUACGGUUACCCCAAGCGAUCUCUCCACGGUCACUCUCACAUCGUUUCCGACUGUGUUAUCUCCUCUGAUGGUGCCUACGCCUUGUCUGCCUCUUGGGACAAGACCCUCCGCCUCUGGGAGCUUGCCACCGGCACUACCACUCGCCGCUUCGUUGGCCACACCAACGAUGUCCUCUCCGUCUCCUUCUCCGCCGACAACCGUCAGAUCGUCUCUGGCUCCCGCGACCGCUCCAUCAAGCUCUGGAACACUCUCGGUGACUGCAAGUACACCAUCACUGACAAGGGUCACACCGAGUGGGUUUCUUGCGUCCGCUUCAGCCCCAACCCCCAGAACCCCGUCAUUGUUUCCAGCGGUUGGGACAAGCUUGUCAAGGUUUGGGAGCUCUCCAGCUGCAAGCUGCAGACUGACCACAUUGGCCACACUGGUUACAUCAACACCGUCACGAUCUCCCCCGACGGCUCUCUCUGCGCUUCUGGUGGCAAGGACGGUACUACCAUGCUCUGGGAUCUCAACGAGUCCAAGCACUUGUACUCUCUCAACGCCAACGACGAGAUCCACGCUCUUGUCUUCUCCCCCAACCGCUACUGGCUCUGCGCUGCUACUGCCAGCAGCAUCAUUAUCUUCGAUCUCGAGAAGAAGAGCAAGGUUGAUGAGCUCAAGCCCGAGUUCACCUCCGUCGGCAAGAAGAGCCGCGAGCCUGAGUGUGUCAGCUUGGCCUGGUCUGCUGAUGGCCAGACUCUCUUCGCUGGUUACACCGACAACAUCAUCCGAGCCUGGGGUGUCAUGUCGAGGGCGUAA